GUGUUUGAGUGUCUGAAGCCGUUGGCUGGUCCUGAACCGUUUGGCUUUCUCCACUAGCAAACAGCCCCACAAAUGCACCUCAUUCGCUCUUAAAUAUGUGUUUUUAAACCGUUUAAGCCACCUCUACGCCGCCGCAAAGCGAACCGGACGCUUGUUUGGGAAUUUAACUCGCGACUCGUCGCCUCACAACGGGCUUAUAACGCUUUAUUGCCGCUCUGUUUUAAAAAAUAGCCGAGGAGGAGGAAAUUCCACACAGGCAGCACAGCACAGAAGGCUCCCCUUGUGUCGCCCGGGAUUAUUGAAACUGAAGAGACUCCACACAGAAGUCUGAGGUUGAAGCCUGACAUCCUGACCAGACUUGAUCACAUGGUGCUGAGACACUCGGACAGGAUCCUUAUAAAACGUUUGCUUUGCGGAAAAAUACUUGAUACUGUGGCCUGUAUCCUGUGUGCUGACCUCAUGGUGUAAGCAGGUGUAAAGAUGAGCAUAAGCAGUGAUGAGGUCAAUUUUCUGGUGUACAGAUACCUACAGGAGUCAGGGUUUUCCCAUUCAGCCUUCACGUUUGGCAUAGAGAGCCACAUCAGCCAGUCCAACAUCAACGGAGCCCUAGUGCCCCCUGCUGCCCUCAUCUCCAUCAUCCAGAAGGGCCUGCAGUAUGUGGAGGCAGAAGUCAGUAUCAACGAGGACGGCACCCUGUUUGACGGCCGGCCGAUCGAAUCCUUGUCUCUGAUCGACGCUGUGAUGCCUGACGUGGUGCAGACACGCCAGCAAGCCUACCGAGACAAACUGGCACAGCAGCAAGCUGCAGCCGCACCUCCGGCCUCCAGCACCAACAUGCAGGGCAACGCCAAAAACGGAGAGAACACCGCCAACGGAGAGGAGAACGGUGCACAUGCCUUACCUAAUAACCAUGCAGACAUGAUGGAGGUAGACGGAGAUGUGGAGAUUCCCCAGAAUAAAGCGAUGGUGCUGAGGGGACACGAGUCUGAGGUGUUCAUCUGCGCCUGGAACCCCGUCAGCGACCUGCUCGCUUCUGGGUCUGGGGACUCGACGGCUCGCAUAUGGAACCUGAGUGAGAACAGCACCAGCAGCUCCACACAGCUCGUGCUCAGGCACUGUAUACGAGAGGGAGGCCAGGACGUGCCCAGCAACAAAGACGUUACAUCAUUAGACUGGAAUAGUGAGGGUACAUUAUUAGCCACAGGCUCUUAUGAUGGCUUUGCCAGAAUAUGGACAAAAGAUGGUAAUCUUGCCAGCACCCUGGGUCAGCAUAAAGGCCCUAUAUUUGCGCUGAAAUGGAACAAGAAAGGAAAUUUUAUCCUUAGCGCUGGUGUAGAUAAGACAACAAUCAUUUGGGAUGCUCAUACAGGAGAGGCCAAGCAGCAAUUUCCCUUCCAUUCAGCACCUGCUCUGGAUGUGGACUGGCAAAGCAACAACACGUUUGCCUCGUGCAGCACGGAUAUGUGCAUUCACGUGUGUAAACUGGGCCAGGACCGACCCAUAAAGACAUUCCAAGGACACACAAAUGAAGUAAAUGCAAUCAAAUGGGAUCCAACUGGCAACCUGCUGGCAUCAUGUUCUGAUGACAUGACACUGAAGAUUUGGAGUAUGAAGCAGGACACAUGCGUUCAUGACUUGCAAGCUCACAGCAAAGAAAUUUACACUAUAAAAUGGAGCCCAACCGGCCCUGGCACCAACAAUCCUAACGCCAAUCUCAUGCUCGCCAGCGCAUCCUUUGACUCCACUGUUCGGCUAUGGGAUGUAGAUCGAGGCAUCUGCAUCCACACAUUAACCAAACACCAGGAGCCGGUGUACAGCGUCGCCUUUAGCCCCGACGGCCGCCAUUUGGCCAGCGGCUCUUUCGACAAAUGUGUACACAUCUGGAACACACAGACUGGUGCUUUAGUUCAUAGCUACAGGGGAACAGGGGGCAUUUUUGAAGUGUGUUGGAACGCAGCUGGUGACAAAGUGGGUGCAAGUGCAUCGGAUGGCUCGGUUUGUGUAUUAGAUCUGAGGAAAUAACGCUGCUUGUUGGAAGCCAUGGACCGACUAUGAAUGUGUACAUAGCCAAAAUGACUGUCCCUGCCCCAUGUACUGCUACAAUCCCUAUUGUACCAUGGCCAGCCACUACAGACAGGACAAAAAAACAAGCAUCCUGAUGCAGCAGACGAGGUAGAGUGGAUUCCAACCAGAGACAUGAAAGGGACUUUUGUAAGUAACAUCGGUGGGGAAACGACACAAAAGAAGAAAGAAGCAAAAAAAAGAAAAAAAAAAGGACUGGUAUAUUUACCAAAAUUUGGAAGAUAUUUUACUAUUUGUUCUUCAAUCCAAUCUCAUCAAAAUAAACAAGCGAAAAGAUUUUAAUCUUUGUUGUUAGUUCCAUUUCAGUGUGCACACAUCUGUUUAUUUUCUGCUUUCUUUCUCUUAACUCUUGUGUUCUUUUUUUCUUUCUUUCUUGCUCUUUUUCAACACUUGCAUUUUUAAGGUCACAGCUGCAUGAAAUACAGACUCAUCUUUCUCUCUCUUUUUUAUGCAGAGUACAGUUAUUUAAAGUCUUUUUGGUACUUUACAUAAUGUGGUUCCGGGGGGGCGGGGGGAGACAGAUCAGCGUGGGGAAUGGAAACCAUUUCGCUUUCAUUUAUUCCUCCGUUUCAGUAGUCUUCAUACUCGGGUUUAAUUGUUCAAAAACGAAGCCCGUUGUUUCAGCUAGGGUCGUUUAUUCGAAGGAGACGUUAAUUCUGCUGAAAUUACAGCGGUGCACAUUCACAGGGAGGUAUAAGUGCGUUAAGCUUGGCUUGUCCAGUAUUGAUGGAGCAACAAAAAUGUUAACUGUAGACAGAGUUAACUGCUGUAGCUACACCUUAGAUAUAUUUUUCCUGCAUUGCAUUAAGAACAGGCAUUUUAAUAUGGUUUAGAGGAAGAAAAAAAAAAACAUGUUGCUUGAGGUCUAAACAGUACAAUGGCUAACACUGGACAACCCUAGAUUUAUUAUCGAUUAUAUAUCUAGACAAAAAGACUUGCUUUAAGUUUCACAAAUGAUCUGUUCACUGAUAUAUAGUCGUUCUAUAAAACAAAUCCGUGCACAGUAUAAAGUUAUCUACCUUUUUAAUUUCUCCUUAAAGACGUCGGUGACUUGCUUUCGUCCAUCCGUCAUGCUAAACAUCCCUGACUUUAUCCUCAUUGCAUAUUAAUAUUCCAUUCACACACAAUACCACAUUGUUAAACUGACUGACCGGUCCACUCAGCUAUUCAGUCCUCUUAUUUGUAACAAUCGAGCGUAGCAAUCAAUAUUAAUCGCCUAUUACGCCUUCCUGUCCGCUCAAUAUCUCGUAGCCGGAGGCUCGUUUCUCAGCAAUGCGUCCAUAAUUAAUUUUAUUUAAAGUCCAUCUGAAAGGAGUCUGGUCUCAGAUGUGAUGAUAAAGUCGGGUAGAUCCGUCACAGAAGUAUUAUUUUACGAACACAAUACAUAUAUUCGACUAGACUAGAGAAACAUAAAUAAUGGCUAAAUAGAUGUCAGAGGAAAAUAUGAAGCUUAAGGCAAGUCUGAGCGCCGAUUUGGAGUUAAGAAUCGUGUUCGGUAAGCGUAACUGUUCCUGCUGUGAAAUAAUUUUAACACGCAAGGCAAAUAAUCGUCCAUGAUCAGUGUGUGCUUCUGCUGCAAACCCUGAACUCACCUUUUAUUCAGCUACGGCAAAGAAAAAAAAGAUGUCCCUUUAAUUCUCUCAUUGGCAUUGAAAAGUCACUAAAGAUCUCCGAUACUGCUGAGAGAGCGGAGACGACGAGGCCGGGGCUCCAGAGACCCGCGUGUCCGGCAGCAGAGCCUGCGUCUUCGUCAUUAUAAUUUAUUUUUUACAGUCCCAGGUAUCAGGUCUCCAUUUCGUAAGGUUUCUGUUGAUUUUUAGGCGGUGUAGAAUGAAAAACUUCAAGCGUCUUCAAACUUUAAGUAGACUGUACUGUCUGAACACUAUUUAUUACGCAGUCAGUGGCAACAGAAGGUUCUUUCGGUUCUGUUACUCCAUAACCUGCUCUCCCAACCUCUUCCCACCUUUUCAUUUCGUCACCACCGAAAUUUUUCAUCAUACCCCCUUCCCCUCCCACACUCGUCCUGAACUUUUUGUACUCUUUUAGUACUUUUGUAAUUCAUAUUUCUUUGUAGCUAUAAGAAAAACAAAAAAAAGUUCAAAACACAUUGAAUUCGGACACUCGGAGCGUGUACAGAACUUUCCCGGGUUGAGCUUUCUGGGUUGGAAAUGUUUAUCAGCAGUACCCACUAUGCCCACCCUUCGUUUUCCCAGUCGAACGGUUCUUCUGGUUGCUGACCCUCCCCGCUCAGCCUUGCACCUUGCAAUGCAUUGAUUUGUUGUCAUCGGAUCAGAAGUUCAAAAUAAAAAAGUAUAUUUUGAUAUGACUAA